AUGGGUUCCGGCUGUUGUAAAGAGGAGGAAAUAGAUUUUGAUGCAGAAGUCGAGUUAUCGCAUUUUCAUUUGUUAAGAUCUGUAGGAAAGGGUGCGUUCGGGAAGGUCCGAGUAGUGCAGCAUAAAAGAUCCAAAAUUAUAUAUGCACUUAAAUAUAUCAAUAAAGCAAAAUGUAUAAAAAUGCGUGCUGUAGAAAAUAUUAUACAAGAACGUCGUUUACUUGAAGAAAUUGAAUAUCCUCUAGUUUGCAAUUUACGUUACGCUUUUCAAGAUGAUGAAAAUUUAUUCAUGGUACUUGACCUUAUGUUAGGUGGUGAUUUAAGAUUUCAUUUGGAACGACAAGCUUGUAUGAAAGAAGAUGUUGUAAAAUUUUAUGUUGCUGAAGUUAGCUUGGGUCAUGCUCAUCUGACUGAUUUUAACAUAGCUGUUCAUUUUAAUGAAAGAAAACCUCUUACAUCAGUUGCUGGUUCUAUGGCAUAUAUGGCUCCAGAAAUACUGUCUAAAAAAGGUUAUUUUGAUUCGGUUGAUUGGUGGUCACUCGGUGUUAUUAUGUAUGAACUUUUAUUUAGCAAGAGACCAUUUCGUGGAAAAUCAAACGCCCAAUUAACACAGGCAAUCCUUAAUGAACCUCUUAUGUUUCCAGAUAAUGUUUAUGACAUAGUUUCCAGAGAAUGUAUUGAUUGUUUAAAACGAUUUUGUGAACGGGAUAUAAACAAGCGUCUUGGAUGUGGUCCUAACGGCUUGGAAGAUAUCAAACGUCAUCCAUGGUUCAAAGAUAUAGAAUGGGACAAACUUGAUACCAAACAAGCUAAAGCACCGUUUAUUCCAGAUUCUAAACGCGCUAAUUUUGAUGCAACUCAUGAGCUUGAAGAACUUCUCCUUGAAGAUAAUCCUCUUAAAGCUAAAAAACGUGCAAAUGUUAAUCAAGAUCUUAGUGAACUUUCAAAAGAAAUGAGAAUGAUGGAAGAAAAAUUCUUGAUAUAUGAUUUUACAAAGAUGUGUAGAAGAAGUUAUUAUAUAGUUCCUAAUACUGAGAAAAAAAAUAGGCGAAAAAGUGAAAGAAGUAGUGGAUCUACAACAGUUGAUCGAUUAAUAAAUAAUCAAUCUAAUACUGCUAUUCAAAUUGAUAGUACAGAUACAGAUAAUACACCAAGAUUUCCAUCUGUGGUAAGAUUACCACAUACACGUACUGAAUCUGAUCUGACUGCUAUAGGUUACUAA